GGGCCCAGAGCCGCAUCUUGCUAACUUCACUGCAGCAGCCUUUCUGUCGUGUCGCCUACUGUCUCUCAAGAUCGAUUUGCCUUUGCCUGACGCUCCAAGCGACGCCCGAAUCACGAAAGCAUCUAGAUCUUUCCGUCACUCGUCCUACCCCUCUCUCGCACGACAUCAUCACGGUCUCGUCAGCCCCGUGUAUCACCUACCCUCGCCUCAGUACAUUACAACCAAGAGAUCAUCCUCACAAUGGCUUCCGGUCCCCAAACACAGUCACUCAAGUGUGUCGUCACAGGAGAUGGUGCUGUUGGCAAGACCUGCCUUUUGAUCUCGUACACGACUAAUGCCUUCCCCGGCGAGUACAUCCCCACUGUCUUUGACAACUACUCUGCGAGUGUCAUGGUUGAUGGCAAGCCCAUCAGCCUCGGACUUUGGGAUACUGCUGGUCAGGAGGAUUAUGACCGUCUUCGCCCCCUCUCGUACCCGCAGACAGACGUCUUCCUCAUUUGCUUCUCUAUCGUCAGCCCUCCUUCCUUUGACAACGUGAAGGCUAAGUGGCACCCUGAGAUUGAGCACCAUGCGCCCGGUGUCCCCAUCAUCCUCGUCGGAACCAAGCUCGAUCUUCGUGAUGACGAAGGCACCAAGGAGAGCUUGAGACAGAAGAAGAUGGCUCCCAUUCAGUAUGAGCAGGCCAUCAGCGUCGCCAAGGAGAUCAAGGCAGUCAAGUACAUGGAGUGCUCUGCCCUUACUCAGCGCAACCUCAAGAGCGUCUUUGACGAGGCCAUCAGAGCCGUUCUUAGCCCUCGCCCUACCUCCAAGCCCAAGAAGCAAAAAUGCAUCAUCCUCUGAGCUGGCCGCGCAGCUUCGUAUCGAAUCUCCUUACUUUUCAACAUUCGCAUUUUCACGGCAUGAUAGAUCUCUUUAAUCAAGUUGCCAAGUCUAGUUCCUGGGCGUCGCUG